CGCUGCCUCGGGCUAGCUAUGCACUCUUCCCCCCCGUCCUGUGUGAAGUAGACCCGCACUACCUGAACUCUAUCGUGUCCAGACCACGGACUAGUGCUGAAGUUGGUAUCUAAACACGGUUCUGCCCUGAGACCAGAGGCUACGUGUAAGAGAGGUCCACGAUGUCUGAACUUUUUAUGGAGUGUGUCGAGGAGGAGCUGGAGCCGUGGCAGAAACAAGCUCCUGAAGUUCAUUUGAUAGAUGAUGAUGAUGAUGACGAUGAACCCAUCUUCGUAGGAGUGCUCUCUAAUAACCAGAAAGAUGCCAAGCCUAAACCUUCACCUCCUCAGAGUGCAGAGAAACAAGACGUAAAGCGUCCUGCUCCCAAGUCUGCCAUUGGUGCCUCACCAAUAAUGCUGCCCUUGAGUGUGGCUGGAAAUGCAGUGAAUACUGUGGUGCCCAAUCUGACAACAGUGACCCCCCAGCCUGUUAUUGUCAAUAACCAGGGCUUCAUAGUCGCCUCUCCGCAAUUGGCAAACAGCAGUGAGUUUAUUGCCUCUCUUGGGAGCCAGUACCCACCUGGGACUUCAUUUACAAUUGUACCAGCUGGUCAACAGCAGCUUUUUCAGCAGGUCUCCCCAGCCACGGUAAUACCUGGUGUUGUCCACCGGCCUCAGGUGCAACAAAUCAGCAACAACGUUGUGACGUUGUCUAACGUCCAAAGCCCUGCUGUGUAUUCAGCACAAUCUCACCAGCUGCAGCUCAACCGUUCCAAUCCACAACCUCUUCAGACCUUCUCUGCGCCUGCAAAGGCCAAUAACAAUAACAAAGAUCCAGUCCUAGUCAAACGAGGAUUACCACCACAGCCAGUAGACAACGCAGCAAAAAGAGCCAAGCUUGAUAUCGUGCCAACAAAAGUAAUUCUCCCUUUGGAUAAUGGGUAUAUGAAGAAAAAGUGCCCAAAGUGUCAAGAAGAAUUCCUUACACAGGAGGCCCUGAAAUUUCAUGUUGUGAGCUGCUGCGCAGUCGUGGAAUGUACAUCUCCAUCAGCCCUGAACGCUGCAAACAAGCGCAUCAUGCUGGUCUCAGAUUUCUACUACGGCCGGUUUAUGGGAGAUGGGAUGAAAAAGGAACAGAAGACCAACACCACGUUCAAGUGCCAGAGCUGUUUAAAAGUUCUCAAGAACAAUAUCAGGUUCAUGAAUCAUAUGAAGCACCACCUGGAGCUUGAAAAGCAGAACAGCGAGAGCUGGGAAAGCCACACAACUUGCCAGCACUGCUACCGACAGUACCUGACUCCGUUCCAGCUGCAGUGCCACAUCGAGAGCGCCCACAGCCCGAUCGAAUCCUCAACCAACUGCAAGAUAUGUGAGCUGGCGUUUGAGUCAGAGCAAGUUCUUCUGGAACACAUGAAGGACAAUCAUAAGCCCGGGGAAAUGCCCUACGUCUGCCAGGUCUGCAACUACCGGUCCUCCUUCUUCUCAGAUGUGGAGACACAUUUCCGAAGUGUCCAUGAAAACACGAAAGACCUGCUCUGUCCCUUCUGUCUCAAAGUUCUCAGAAGUAGUCAUAUGUACAUGCAACACUACAUGAAACAUCAGAAAAAAGGGAUCCAUCGCUGUGGAAAAUGCCGACUGAACUUUCUCACCUACAAGGAGAAACUGGAGCACAAGACUCACGUCCACAAGACUUUCAGAAAGCCUCAAGCCCUGGAAGGCCUUCCUCCAGGAACAAAGGUGACCAUUCGAGCAUCCCUCACGGGAAAGACACCCUCAUUGCCGACCUCCCCUGAUCGUCCGAGCUUUACUGUCACUCCAGAAAGUUUCAACCAGCAAACCAAACCUCCAGUCAGUGCGUCCAAGUCUAAGUCAAACUACUCUGCAGCAGGAAAAGCCAAGGCGACUCAGAGCAGCAAGAAGCAGAAUUGCCGGACCAGCAAGCACAACCUGGCACUCAGGAAUCUCAGAGUCAACGGAGGGCGGUACACGUGCAUCGAGUGCAACGGACAAGUUGAUGACUUCUUUUCUCAUUUCCCAAUGGCUUCAAAUUGUGGUGCGUGCAGAUAUCGGACAAGUUGCAAAGUUUCCAUUGGUAACCACAUGAUCAAGUUUCAUAGCACCAUAACCAAAAACAGAUUUUUGAAAAUGGAUUACAAGAGGAAUUCAUCUGCAUUAAAAUUGACGCUGGUCUGUCUCAACUGUGACCUCCUUGUGGAUGCAUCAGGCGGUGACCUGAUGACCAAACACUUAACUGAUAGACCCCAUCACAUAUGCAAAGUCAUUCAGGAGAGAGCAGAUAUCAAAGCCAAAGAUCGAUUAAAAAACUCUAAAAGAAAAGGGGUUGGUUUCACAGUGGCGCCCCCUGUCCAUGCAUUAACCAGUUGGGCCCCAUCUACAUCCUUACCUAUGAGUCUCCUGUCCAGGCAGCCAGCAAAAGUCAUGUUUGUCUUGACGCCACCGUCCGAUCAAAAACCAAAGGAAAUGGACUUAAAACCAGCUGAAAGCAUCACAUCUGAAAGCGUCAUAUCUGAAAGCGCCACAUCUGAAAGUGUUACUCCCGCCGCCGUUGAGCCACCAGAACCAGAGCCGAUGUUGCCAGCAGAUGAUAAGGAAAAGGAAAAGGAAUCCGCAGAGAUGAGUGUCAGUGAAGGUACCUCUGAAGGAGAAAAGCAAGCGUCACUUCCCGCUUUGUCAUCUUCCUGUACAUCAGAGGACGUUUUAGACCCCUGUGAAGAGUCAGUGGGUAACUCAGAGAGCGCAGUUGUCAAAGAGGAGCUCCCUGAACCCGAGGCUGAGGAACAACAAACUAAAACAGAAUGAACCUGUACAUUGACUGAACAAUGCAUAUGACACAUGAGAAGACUGCGCAGUUAUAGAUUUAAGAACAACUGUUUCAUCUGUCAUACCUCAGCAUUGUUUCUUUGUCUUUGUUUGGCGAGUCCAUUUUAAAAACCAUGAAAAAUAUUUUAUCAGAUUUUUUUUUACUCUUCUGUCAAACUUUAUUGCCUGAAUAGAUUAAAAGUAUCUUUGUAUUUAUGAACAAAACUACGUCACCUAAAGUCGUCAUAGCUGCCCUAUAACCUAUAUAGUGAAAGAAUUUGCAUAGUCAUACUUUUAAACAUCAGAAAUUAAACUUAAAUGACUGUGGCUCAUUUUAUAUUUCUUAAAGAUUUCACAAAGUGGUUGAUGUUGUCUGUAAGGAAACUCCAUCUGCCAUAAAGAGGACAGUUUUUGGCUUCCUGAUUGUCGAUGUCAGCUCAGAUCAUGUUUGAUUUGCUUAACUGAGAAAGAUGAACCCGUUUUUGAAUUUAAAAAAUCAACACGGUGGCACAGCAAAUAAAUGCUCAUGUUCUCUGGUGAUUUAUUGAUGCAAUUUAAAGGGUAACUUCAGUGCUUUAACCUGGACCCUGUUUUAUCAGAUCUUUGUGUACAAGUGACUAAUGGAGACAACAGCUUCUUUAAACUGGUCCAGUAUUUAGCAAGAGUGUUGCAGCCAGCAGCGCCGAAACAGGCUGCAGUGUAACCACUCGGGUCGCUUGGCAUAGUCAGUUUACAUCCACUAAAGGUGGUUGUUUCUGCCACUUACAUGCUCAGAUUAUUAUUUUAAAUGUCUGAUAAUAUCAUGUAAAGAAUCCUACAGAGAUAGACAUUUUUGUUAAAGAAUAAGAUCAUUUUUGUUCAUCCAGAAACAGCGCCCAAAUCCCUAUCAGCAAACUCCCCAGACUCCAUUUAAAUAAACAGUAAUUUAGUGUGUGUAGAGCCGGCAUAUUUUCACAUCUAACUCAGUUAAUUUGGGGUUUAUUUAAACCAAACCAGAGCUGGUGAUUGUUGGAAUAGUGGAAAGUCAACCCAAGAUGGUUUUUAUGAAUUUUAUUUUGUUUUUGUCAACUUUGAAUGAAGUGUGUUGUACAAUGAUAAAAUGACUGUUUAUGUAAAUGGAGUCUGGUGGGUUCUGGUGAUAGCGAUAUUGGGGCUGUUUCUAGUUAAAGAAAAAGGAUGGAGCAAGGGCCCGUUGAUGUUACAUUGCAGCUUAUUUUCAGUGGUCUAGCUCAAUCCUGGACCUGUUUCAUUGGAAAAGAGGGGUCCAGAUUGAAAGAUGACGAAGUUACUGUUUAAAUUCUCUUUGCAGUCCGUUUAAAAGUCAAAAUACAGAAACACACUUCCUACUUCCAUCAGAUUAAAUUCACAUUGGUAUCUUGAUUUAAGAUGUUUUUAAGUCAUCAUCAGGUCCUCGGUUUUUACCUUCCCUUAAUCUGUGGUUUGCUGUCAUUCUAUAACCUUUAAAUUAUGUUUUAUAUGCUCUGUUAUAUUGGAUUGAGGUUGCUAUAGCAACAACAUAUAUUAUCACUGAGAUGUUUACGUUGCUAGUAGAAAAUUCCUGGUUUGUGGCAGAAAUAAUGAUCUGUAAUUGAUGUGGUGCAGGUACAUUAUAUUGUUACCAGCUGCCUUUGAACAUCCCAGAGUAACGUGUAUCUCAACACUCAGAAAGUUCCUUUGAACUGUUAAGAAAUAUAUAGUGCAUGUAAAGAAAAUGCUAGCAUAAAAAAGAGAAAAAUUAAGCAGUGAUGGGAUAUUAGGUGGAAAAUAACCACAACUACUUGAGGAGUGAGCAGAAUAAUAUACCGUUGUACUCAAAUAGAUUUUAUUGUUUAAAUUUUGUUGUAUGUGCCAGCUUGUAAAAGAAAUGUAUACGGUUCUGGUGGAGGUACUCAGCACGACAUGAUAAAAUAACUUGAUAAAUCUGUCCACCGUUUUUUUACAUCCCAGCUGCAGGUUGAUAAAGUUGCCUUUUAUUUUGCAUCUAUGGUUUGAAAAAAAAAAAAAGGCUAAUUCCCUGUAGCUCUGUGAAUAUUUUAUACUGUAUGAUUUGUUUACUUUGUGUGACUUAAUAUCUCAAAAGUCAUUCUUUUUUUAAAAAAAGGGUUUUCACUUGUAUAUACAGUAUCUGUAGAGCAAGUCUGUAAAUGCACCUAUGUCUGUGAUGGCACCGUACAUGUAACCCCGAGUCUGUUUUGAAUACAUUCCUCUUCAGAUAUUGUGCUCUCCUUCGGACACAUUUUCCUCAGAGAUCUAUAAACUGGGUUUGGGUCAGUGUUUUCCUGUAGUUUGUUAUGUAAAUAAAUCUUUAAUACAAGA